AUGGCUAGUCAAAUCCAGGUCGCGAGCUUGCAAGGACAGGAAGACUGGGAAGAAGAGUAUCGGCCGCUGCCGCUACUAUUCGUGUGCUCGCUAGCUAUCUGGGCGGUGCUUUUCGGAGUCUGGAUUUGGAACACGUGGGUGAAGCGUCAAUGGCAGACGAGUUACCUCCAGUGGGCCCUUGCUCUCGUACCAGCGCUCAAGUGCGUCGUCCUCGGCCUAUCCUUCUUCUUCUGGCACUGGUGCUUGCACUUCGACUCAUGCUCCUUCUGGGUCGCUUUCGGCGUCUUCGUCUCGCGAAUCUUCUUCGAAACCACGUGCUUCAUCAUGUUCCUGCUUAUCGCGCAUGGCCUGGGCAUCACGCAGGAUUCGCUAUCCAUGGCGCAGAGGCGCUCUAUAGCGGGUCUCAGCGGCAUGCUCUACAUCUCUAUUACCGCGUACAAGGCGGCGCUGCCGCACUUCCAGAUCAUUUUAACAGGCGUCUACACUCUACUGCUCUACGCCAUAUUCUCGAAUGUUGCGCGGAGAAUGGGCGCGCUGCAGGAGCAGCUGCGGCAGGCGGAGGCGGAGGGCGCGGCGGUGGAGGGGGGCGCGGGGAGCGCGCUGUACCCUGCGCUGCUGCACCGCCUGGCGCUGUUCCGCCGGUUCCAGGGCGCCAUGCUGGCCAUCGUCUUCAUCGAGAUAAUCCUUCAAACCAAGUCGGACGUGCUGGGUCCCUACUGGGUGCGGCUGCAGCUGAGGGAGGUGGCGGAGGUCGCCGUAUUCCUCUUUAUAGGGUGGACGUUCCGGUCGCGGGUGAUGGCGCCAAUAUUCAUGCUGCUGCCCGCGGAGCAGCACGCUCUCCCGCCCAUCCACCGCGUCGACAUGGACGACAAGGGCUUUCAACGGCUGAGAUCAAAGGACUGGACCAUCGGAAUUUGCACGACGAGCGUCUCCUCCUCCGCGUCUGCUGGCAGUGCUGGCUUCGCGUGUAACGCGGGAGCGCCCAUGGUAGUUGUCGUUCAAAACCCACAAGCAGCCUCGCCCUCGCUGUCCCCGGCUAUCCACCCCAACUCCAUGCCGCCGUCACUCGCCCCCUCCCCCCUUCGCCCACCCGCGGCGUUUGACAAGCUCUUCCUGUCGCACCUGCCGCACUGCUGUCUCCCGAGUCAGCAGCAGGAUGACGCGGAGAAACGAGGAGUUCAGGAGAAGGGGAGCGGCGAGAGCGAAGAGAAGCAGGCUGUUCGGUUCAUGGCUAUCGGACAAGUGGUGUACUUAUCGCCUGCAUUAUCCGCCGUCAAGGCGAGGCUUAAAUCGGGUACAGUGAUCAAAGUGCUGGCAGUGAAAUCGAAAGCGGCGAAGCGCGAGAAACAUGAGCAGACCAGCGCUGGCAACAGCAGCGGCAUCAGCUGCGCGAAUAACGGUGUGGUUUGCGAGAAAUCAACAGCGGACGGGGAGGAGAGGAGUCCUGUUGUCGCCGAUCCCCCGCAUCCCCCGCUUGCAGCUCCUCAAGGGAACAGCACAACCACUCCGCCUGGAAGUUCCCACACCAAGAUUUCCCCCUCCCAAGCUGCUGACUCUGGCUCUGACUCUGCCCUCAACUCUGCGCCAGUCUCCGCCUCUGCGCCUGUCUCCACCGCACUUGUCUCCGCCUAUGCGCUUGCCGCCGCGUAUGCAUUUGUCUCCGCGUCCGCGCUUGUCUCCGCCUCCGAAGCUGUCGCACCGUCUCCUCUCCCUGCACCUGCCACCCCCCCGCGCGCCACCACCGCCUACUCCGCCACCGUCCCGCUCUCCGCCCCUCCGCUCCGCCCUCCAGGUCAUGCUACUGCUGGCGCUGCUGCUGCCAGUGCAGCUGCGGAAGAGCGCGCCGCAGCGCCGUCGGUGGCGCAGCAGUAUCGGUGGAAGGUGGACUCAGCGCCUGUGGUUGCAGCAGAGGGGAUGAUGCUCGAAUGGCUGGCAGAGCCACGUGUCGGCGUGCUACUGGACCUCCAGGCGGUACGGCGCCAGCUGGCAAGACUCUUCAAGAUGGAUGAGCUCGCUGCUGCACGCGCUACAGCCGGCACUAAGCGUUCCUCCCGCCGUGCUACAGCCGGUCGUCAAGCGCUGUGGUGGUGCUGCUGGCAGUGCUCCUCCUGCUUCGCCUCCUACCGCCGUGCCGUGUCCGUUGCUGCUUUCAUCGUGCUUGUUGCCAAGUUCCCCCGCUUCGUCACUCUCUGGCGGGCGAACGUGCGCUCUCCCAACUCUACCUUGGUGAGUUUAGCGUUUCAGUUUGAUGCUGGGCGGCAGGCUGGGGGCGACUGCUUGGCGUCGCUGCUGCUGCAGGUGCUGGGAGUGAAGGGCAAGCAGCAGCUGGAGACCGGCUUUGCUGCCCACCUGCUGCCGCUGCUGCCGGGGGGGAGGCACGCGCACGGGGAAACGGGAGAGGAAGGGAAAAGUCGGGGGAGGGGGGUGGGAGAGGAGGAGGAGUGGAGGGAGGGGUUGGGAGGGGUGGAGUGGGAGGAGUAUGUGCAGCGCGUGGGGGAGAUUGUCGCUCAGGGAGGGCUGGCAGGCGAGCAGUACCGCUGCUGCUGCUCGCAGUGUGGUGAAGGCGAGGGAACGAGUGAGAAGGAUAUUCGGGGCAAGAAGAAGAAAGGAUGUCAAAACAGCAGCAGCAACCGCAGCAGCGACACUGGCCCUGGCAGUGGCAGCGGCAUGGUGAUAUCAGGUGUGGACCCGACCGAGUUCGCUCUCAAGUGCGCAUUCAACUUCGCUGAACCGUGGUUUGCGAGUUGUGGUGCGAGCAUGUUUAACGAGUCUGCUAAUAACAGGUACAAGGAGAGGGUGGAGGAUGCUGCAGUGGAGGAGGCAUUGAACCAGCUGGCUGUGGGAGAGGGGAGUGAGGAGAGGAGUGGCGUGAGUCGUGGAGAGGGGAGCGGAAUGAGGAGCUGUGCAAGAGGGGGUGGGAGUGGAAAAGAGAAUGUGGAGCGGAAGCAAGGAAAGCUUGCUGGUAAGGGAGCCAAGGAUGAAGGGAAAGCAGUGGGAGAAAAGGCAGCAGCAACGGCAGCAGCAGCAGCAGCGGCAGCAGCAGCAGCAGCGGCAGCAGCAGCAGCAGCAGCAGCGGCAAGCAGUGCCAGGCUAGUUCCCGUGAACAGUAACGUGGUGGUUGGGGUGUACACGUACCGAGUCACCUCCCUGCUGCGGUGGGUGCGGCUUUACGGCCCCAGGGUCAACCCUCCCAAGUACUGUGGCUGUUUCACCGUGGAAACGCCAAACACCGCUCUUCCACACCCCAUCCACGACCUUCCGAACCUGCUUCUCAGGUUCGGCACCGUGCCGAAGCUGGUGGCUGGCCCAGGUUCGGAAGGUGAAGCAGCGAGCGGGUGGGAGGAGUUCCCAGAGGGAGACAGGGUGGAGCUGGAAGCAUAUGAGGAGGAUCCCUGGGGGGAUAUGGGGCUCAACACCUUUAACACGGGAGAUUUCCGGGAUGGUACACCUGACGUGGAAGAGCACACGAAGGAGGCCAACGAGAGGUACAUUAUGAUGCCCCCGCCUGACGUCACCCCUCUCUGGAAAAGCCCCAGCCCUCCCUACUACGAAACGCUUGCUGCCCGCGUGGAGGAGUUUCUGAGAAGGUUCGCCCCGAGGAGGCUGUCAGUGGAGGGGAGCAAUGGCCGUCUAGCGAGCGCCAUUGCCACAUGGGUGGGGCGCUUAGGCCUGGGGAAGCGCAGCUGGGCAGCACUGGCCUUGGGGCCGCUCUCAGAUGCAAAGCUGCAGAUGCUGCUGCGGUCACAACAGGAGAUGGACGAGUUUCAGGAGAUGCUGGCUGGGGACCUCUCUCCCGUGCCCGCCUGCACGCGCUGCAUGUGCUGCGCUGCUCUGUACUACGAGUCUGUCAUCAUGGUGUCCCUCGCUGCGACCUUCGCCUUCCGUCCUUCUGUCAUGCUGCUGCGCUGCGUCCUCUCGCUCUUCCCGCCCUCCUCGCCGCAGCUCAAGGGCCUUCUGGCUGCUGUGGGCGUGGCGCCCAUCCCUGCAGCUGUCCCGGACUCGCUGGUGGCGGCGCUGCUGGAAGGCGCGAUGGAGCAGAAGCGCGUGCGCUUCCUGUUCCAUGCCAUCAAGCUCCUCUACCAAAAUAAUGCCUAUGCAAAGCUCUUGGAGCCUUUCGAGGAGGGGUCUGGGGUGGACACGGGUGAGCAGCAGGGCAGGCGGGGGAAGCAGGGGGAGGGGAAUGAGGAGUGGUGCGUCUGGGAGGAGGUGGACAGCUGGCGGAUUGCAGCGGAGCGGGCUUGGCCGGUGCUGGAGCUCCGUAAUGUGAAGAUUCUUGAGCUGGAUAUUGGCGGGGCGGCUGAACGGCAGAUGGAGGUUUGUGAGGGCAUGCGGUGUGUGAUGGAGGAAGAGGAGGUGAAGAGGAAACAAGCUCAGGCCGGCGGUGCUGCUGGGGAGGGCGGGAGUGGGAGCAGCAGCUCUGGAAGCUGCAAGGGCAUGGGGAAGGGGAAGAGUCUGGCGGGAGUGGAGGGGAGAAGUGGGAGUGGGAAAGGGAAGGGGGGAAAGGCAGUGGCGUGGUACCUGGAGCCGUGGCCGGGGGGGCCGUUCGCCUCUUCCUGCCAUCCCGCCGUCGGCUCUCCCUCUCUACCCCGCCAUCGCCUCUCCCUUCUAUCCCGCCGUCGCCUCUUCCUCGCCUCCCUCCCAUCCCGUCGUCGCCUCUCCCUCUCGUUCGUCGUCGCCUCUCCCUCUCGUUCGCCGUCGCCUCUCCCUCUUUCCCGCCACCGCCUCUCCUUCACAUCCCGCCGACGCCUCCCCCUCGCAUCCCGCCGUCGCCUCUCCCUCACAUCCCACCGUCGCCUCCCCUUCACAUCCCGCCGUCGCCUCCCCCUUACAUCCCGCCGUCGCCUCCCCUCCAUAUCCCGCCUCGCGUCCCCCCUCGCAUCCCGCCGUCGCCUCCCCCUUCACAUCCCGCCGUCGCCUCCCUCUCACGUCCCGCCGUCGCCUCUCUUCUCACCGCCGUCGCCUCCCCCUCACAUCCCGCCGUCGCCUCUCCUCUCACCGCCGUCGCCUCCCCCUCUCAUCUCGCCGUCGCCGCUGACGACAGCUGCACGAGCGCGAGCUGGCGGGCAAGCGCGAGAUGAUUUCUUAGGCGCCGUGAUUCUGAGGGAGUGA